CCUCUAUCACAUCAAUUCUUGAACUUAUAUGGUCUCUUUUUUCUUGCAUCUGUUGUCAAUAAUUAUAGUGUACAAGGUGUUAAUUGCCUUUUAUGGUGCCUUUUUCACUUCAUAUUCUUGAACUGAAUUGUUCUCUUUUUUCUCGCAUUUGUUGGAAACAAGCCUCUAGUAAUAGUUGUUGUUGUUGUUGAAGUUGUUGCUGCUGUUGCUUAUUGCAUGUCACUGCCUUCCUAGACAUGCAUCCUACUAUCCAUGAAGACUUAUAUACGCAGACAUUGUUGGACUCUGAGGAAGUAUAGAAAAAGUAGUUUAAUACUUGUGGCAAUUUUACUGGUAUUUUUAUUGAAUUAUUUUUAUAAAAAUAUUGUUUUUUCUAUGCAUGCAUGCCUUUAGUUUCUUUAGUGCAUCAUAGUUCAUAAAGAUAGUUGUUUUGAUCUCUAAUUCUCACAUAUCAGGUAGUCAGAGCAAAGAAGAAGGAUACAGGAAAUGUAUAUGCUUUGAAAAUUAUGGACAAGAAGUUCAUUGCAAAAGAAAAUAAAGUAUCCUUUGUAAAGAUGGAGCGUAUAGUACUUGAUCAAUUAGAUCAUCCUUGUAUAAUCAGGCUGUGUUUUACAUUCCAAGAUACACACUCUCUUUACAUGGCACUUGAGUGUUGUGAAGGUGGGGAGCUAUUUGACCAAAUAACCAGGAAAGGAUAUCUAAGUGAGGAUGAGGCUCGCUUCUAUGCUGCUGAAGUUGUUGAUGCUUUAGAAUAUAUUCAUGGUGUAGGAUUAAUUCAUCGGGACAUCAACCCAGAGAACUUACUACUCACCGCUGAUGGACACAUUAAAAUUGCUGAUUUUGGCAGUGUGAAGCCAACUAGGGAUAGCCAAAUGACAGUUCUUCCAAGUUCAUUAAAUGAAAAGGCAUGUACUUUUGUUGGAACAGCUGCAUAUGUCCCGAACGACCUUUGGGCUCUUGGAUGCACCCUAUAUCAAAUGCUUUCUGGUUCAUCUCCCUUUAAAGAUGCCAGUGAAUGGCUAAUUUUCCAAAGAAUCAUAACAAGAGACCUCAAGUUUCCUGAGUUCUUUUCACAUGAAGCAAGAGAUCUUAUUGAUAAGUUAUUGGUAAGCAACUAUAGACUUCUGUCUGACUCCCACUUCCCUGUCGUUCACUUCAUCUUCGGAAAUGCUGGUGCCACAUCAUCUUCGGAAACACAAUCUCAUAUCUCUAGGCUGGCUUCGAUCGACUCAUUCGACUCGAGAUGGCAAGAGUUUCUUGAGCCCGGAGAGGUGAUUGUUAUGAUCUCAAAGCUGAAGAAGCUUCAGAAGCUGACUAACAGGAAAGUACAACUCAUUCUUACUGACAAGCCCAAAUUGCUUUGCAUGGAUCCCUCCAAAAUGACAGCCGAAGCAAACAUAAUCUGGUCCCACAGUCCCAGUGAGCUUAGCGUCCAAGUAGCGAACUCUUCACAUUUCGAGAUAUGCACGCACAAAAAAGUGAUAUCUUUCGAGGAUGCAAAACAGCGGGCAUGGCAGUGGAAGAAGGCAAUCGAAGGGCUUCAACAUCGUUGAAUCUGCUGCUGUAUCACAGCCUUCCGAAAGCAUGAUACUACUUCCAAAUUACAAGAUUAUUCCCAAA